AAUAAUUGCGAUAAUGAUGGCUUCACAUGGGUCAUUUAGAAGCAUCAUUUUACAUAUGUUACGAGCUUAAUGUGCAUCUUUCCAAUAAAAAAAUCCUUUUUACAACCCGUCGAGUUCGAUUCGCGUACAUAAACAAUGUCUGAGAAAAUGCAGAAGUUCUGAGUAACCUGAUGUACAUAUUUAUUACAGGAUGGUUUAUAAAUAGCGUUUCAACGAUGCAAGUGUUGUCUAACGUGAAACAUACCUAUAAAUACUGACACAAUUUGGGAGUCAUUUUCUGCACAGAUUUAAAUACUUUUGAAAAACAGAAUUGCUAGUUACCUCAAAAUCUAAAGUUCUUAUUUACCAGGAUGGAAUUUGACAAUUUAUCCUGCCUUGUCUUCGAAAUCCCAUUAUAAUGUCCAAAAUCGUGUCCCACAUGGGUUGUGACGACUUAAAAAAUCUACGCUUAAUUUCCCCUGAGUGGGAAAUUACCUCAAUCCAGUCUCGCUGAGAGAACUUGUCGCUUGUCAAUUUGUCCAAGACAUGGAAUUCUCCCCACUCUGAGACGCCACCACCAUGGUCAGGCUAUGCCGGUCACAUUUCUAAGAAUUACCCUCGGAACCAAUUCAGACCUUAACUUCGUCCAAAAGUUGAUCGGAUUCUUCCCACGACUGGAAACAUUAGAAAUCAUCCUGGCCGAAUUUAGUAUUGGACAAAACGCAGACAUUGUAGUUAAAUCAACACCAUCUGAAAAUCCGACUUUGCUAAAAUCGUUAAUCAUCCGUAUCGCUAAGGAGUCUAAAAUAGCCUUUGCUGAAAAGAAGAAUGAAAUUGUCAUGCUAUGUGAAAUUCUGGGAAUAAACGUGAUACAAAAUGUCGACAGAAUCUACCUUGAAGAUUCAGGCAGAUUACUUCCCUACAUGUUUUACCUCUACGAUUGGAAAAAGUUGACACGUGUCCACUUUCCCUACGCUUGUCAGGAAAUUCUGGAAAAAUUGACUUUACUUCCUUCUUCCUUAAAUGAGCUAAAACUCGACAAUAUUUCCAACUUAUACUGGUUGGAAAAAGUUAUGACCAGACAUAUGUCCUCCAUUGUUAUUUUGGACGUUAGUCUCUUCACCGAUGAUAUUACACACCCCGAACAGUCUGAAUUUCCGAAACUUUCCCGUCUGGAAAAAUUGUCUUACUCAAUUGGAAAACGAAACCCAAAUAGACCAUGGUGUGGUACAGGGAGGCGUAUGGGUAGGCUUAGGGGUGACUUUAGCUCACCACUGGAUCGUUUAGUGGGAUUAGAUCGUUUGAACAUGAGAGGAAUACUCCAAGCGGGUAGUGCAGCCUUCAAGGAAAAAUUUCCACGCCUAAGACACCUCGAACUGAAACAGCAUGGAUGCUACCUUAACCUUAGUAGACAAGAAAUUCUCUUCUCAAAUGUCGAUGAAAGCGAGGUACAGAUCGAUCAAAUUGAAGUGUUCAUCAUGCAAUUGCUCAAUUUCUAUAACCACGAGUUAGAUUCAUUGGAAUUGAAUCUUCUCAGCGAGAAAUUGAAAAUAAUUUUUCCGAAUGCAAAAAUACUUAGGAUAUGUAAAAAUAAUUUGACCUGUUAAAUUUUUAAAGUGCUAAUUUCUGGGAGUGAAGAUUAUUGCUCGUAUUAUUGUUGUAAGAAGAUUAUAAGGAAAUCCUGAAACUGUUUAACUAUAAAACCACUAGUUGCACCUUAUUGAUUAAAGAUUAGAAUUGAUCUUUUA